AUGGAGGAGGAUGAGCCCGAGGAGGCUGCUGAGGUUGAAGCGGAGACACCCGCGGAGGAAGCCGCAACAGAGAAUCAGGGCGGGAAGGUGGUCGAAACCAAGAAGGAAAAGCGACGGAAAAGGCGAGAGGCAAAAGAAGCAGAAGCAAAGGCCAAAGCGGAAGCGGCAAAGAAGCGGGCCAGAGAUGGCUUUGGCGAAGGUGACGGAGACUGGAUGGAAAGCGACCCCGACAGGAGCGAGCAAUCCAGCGAAGAACAGAUGGAAUCCUACUUUGAUCUUGUCAAGCGAUACACCACAAAAAAGACGCUGCCAACUGUGGACCAUGACAAAAUCGAAUACAAGGCCUUCCGCAAAAACCUGUAUGUCCAGGUCAAGGAGAUCACCAACAUGAAAGAUCACGAGGUAGCUGACCUCCGAAGAACUCACGGGGACAUCACAGUGAGGGGAAAGCGGUGCCCACAUCCCGUGACAAGUUUCUUGCAGUGUGGCUUGCCUGACAAGAUCAUGAAGAUCAUGGAGAAACGAGACUACGAGAAACCCUUCCCCAUACAGAUGCAGGCAAUUCCUGCUUUGAUGUGUGGCCGCGAUGUCAUAGGUGUGGCACAAACUGGCUCUGGUAAGACUCUGGCCUACUUGCUGCCGCUAAUCAGGCACAUCCUGGACCAGCCAAAGCUUGGAAAUGGCGAUGGGCCGAUUGGGUUCGUGGUUGCACCCACUCGCGAGCUCGCCCUACAGAUUCAGCGAGAGGCAAGCACCUUCUGCAAGGCUGUUCAUCUGAUCAGUGUCUGCGCGUAUGGUGGUGGUCCAAUGGGUGAGCAGCUCUCUGCCCUGAAGAAAGGGGCCGAACUCCUUGUUGGAACGCCUGGCCGUCUCAUUGAUGUGCUGACGACAUCAGGUGGCAAGAUCACAAACCUGAGGCGAGUGACUUUCCUGGUGUUAGACGAGGCAGACCGAAUGUUUGAUAUGGGGUUCGAGCCGCAGAUCGGCAUGUUCUUGCAGAGCACGCGGCCUGAUAAGCAGGUAGCCAUGUUCAGUGCAACUCUGCCAGCGCACGUUGAAGCGUUGGCUCGAAAGGUUCUGAAGAAGCCUUUGGAGAUUUCAGUUGGAGAGAAAAACACGGCUGCCUCAAAUGUCACGCAGUUUGUAGAGGUUUUGGACGAGAGCCAGAAGUUUUAUCGGCUUCUCCAGCUUCUGGGAGAAUGGCAUGAACAUGGUGCCAUUAUGAUAUUCGUGCAUCAGCAAAAGGAUGUGGACGAGAUGUUCACAGAGCUGCUCAAAUACGGAUAUCCUCCACUUGCGCUGCACGGGGGCCAGGACCAGCAAGACCGAGAUUUCACCUUGCAAGACUUCAAAGACGGCAUAUCCAAUAUCCUCAUUGCAACAUCCGUUGCUGCCAGAGGAAUUGACGUCAAGAAUGUCAUCUUGGUUGUCAAUUUCAAGGUUCCAGACCACCUUGAAGACUACAUUCACCGCAUUGGCCGUACUGGCCGGGCUGGCAAGGCCGGCUUUGCCUACACUUUCAUUCAGCCUGAUGAAGCAGAUCGAGCCCAGGACUUGGUGGAUGCCCUACGUCAAUGCAACCAGGAGGUCCCCCUGAAGCUGAAGGCAUUGGCAGAGGAGCAUCAGACUGCCGUCAACACUGGCCAAGCACAAAAGCGAAAACGCUGGGGUGGCUUCGGUGGAAAGAGCUUUAAGUACGACAACACCGAGAAAAGCAGGCAGCAGCAAGAGCGACAACAGGCGAAGAGUGAUCUGCUGAUUGGAGACUGGGAGGAGGAGGAUGAGUUCAAAGAUCCGUGGCUGGAGCCGGACAAGCCAGCCAAAGGCAAAGGCAAAGGCAAACAGCGGGAUGACCAAGCUGCGUCUGCCACGGCAGCUGGAAAUACCAAUACAGUAGCAGCCGCAGCUGAUGUAGCUGCCAAGAUGCAAGCAGCUGCGGCGAAGCUCAAUGGGGCCAGCGAUGAUGCCAGCUCGCCGGGCAACGCAGGUAUCGCUGCUGCCACGCCUGCAGCGCCUGUGAAAGUCAAGGCAACUCAGAAGAGGUCUGAGAGAGAGAUACAGGAGCAGGCGCGUCAAAUGGCGCAAGCCACUCUGAAAAGCCUUCCUGAAGAGGUUCAAGAGAAGCAGCUACCAGCGCUCAUUGAGAAGCUGGUUACCAAGCUCAGGAAAGCGGAGCAGGAGAAGACCCAGGAAGUUGUGGCGCCAGUUCCUGCCCCACCACCAGCAGAAGAGCCGAAGGAACCGGAACCUGCGCCGACGCCUGCCAUGAAGGCAAUUCCUUUGGUGCCCGGAGUCUUGGGACAAGGCCUGGUGCCGGCCAAGGCAAGCAUGGUCACCAACGCCAUUGAGUCUCUGCAAGCGCAAGCUGCCAAGCCGGGGGCAGGAACUGCACAUCUUGCAGAGGAAAAGGCAGCCAAGAUGCUUGGUGGCAAGGAGAUUCCUGCUGGAAUGUGCAGCGACGAGCUUGAGAUCAACGACUACCCUCAAAUUGCGCGACAGAAGAUAACGCAUCGGGAUCCACUUGUCGCCAUCGAGGAAAUGACUGGUGCAAAAGUGCAGGUCAAGGGCCAGCACUUCGCUUCUGGGGCGAGAAUGCCCGAAGGUGCAAAGAAGCUCUACGUUGAGAUCAUAGGUCCAACGCAGGUCUCCGUGGCUAAAGCCAAGAACGAGGUUUACAAGAUGAUGGAGGCUCUCGCAAUCAGAACGCUCAACAUUCCUGGUAUGUCACGUGCAGUGCUUGGCACGCCGGGAAGGUACGAUCCAGUCACUGGGAAGUAG